AUGGUGAUUCGUGUCUGCAAUGAGAAACUACUAAUCGGCCGGAUGAAUUCUUUCAAGUACGACCCACCGCCAAAGCCGGCGUCCUGGUCUCUUUCCCUGCCUCAUUCAAAUCAAUUCCUUUCUCUCCCUUUGCACUCUCUAGACCCGAACCACUUGACCAAUUAUCGCCAACAUCAGUCUCGUCGUGGGAGAGCUCAUAUCCAAAAUGGCCGUCGAAUAACGUCGACGGCGGGAAAAAGAGAAACGUAUUUACUUCUCCAACACCGGCCCGUGCUUUACAUAAUCCAUGGCUCUUUUUCUUUCUUUCUUUCUUUCUUUCUUUCUUUCUUUCUUUCUUUCUGUGCUUUACUUAAUCCAUGGCUCUUUUUCUUUCUUUCUUUCUUUCUUUCUUUCUUUCUUUCUUUCAGUGCUUUACAUAAUCCAUGGCUCUUUUUCUUUCUUUCUUUCUUUCUUUCUUUCUUUCUUUCUUUCUUUCUUUCUUUCUGUGCUUUACUUAAUCCAUGGCUCUUUUUCUUUCUUUCUUUCUUUCUUUCUUUCUUUCUUUCUUUCUUUCUUUCUUCCAGUGCUUUACUUAAUCCAUGGCACUUUUUCUUUCUUUCUUUCUUUCUUUCUUUCUUUCUUUCUUUCUUUCUUUCUUUUCUUUCUUUCUUUCUUUCUUUCUUUCUUUCUUUCUUUCUUUCUUUCAGUGCUUUACUUAAUCCAUGCCUCUUUUUCUUUUUUUGUUUGUUUGUUAGUUUCUUUCUUUCUUUCUUUCUUUCUUUCUUUCUUUCUUUCUUUCUUUCAGUGCUUGAAUCAUUUUCUUUUCUUUCUUUCUUUCUUUCUUUCUUUCUUUCUUUAUUUAUUUAUUUCAGCGCUUUACUUAAUCCAUGGCACUUUUUCUUUCUUUCUUUCUUUCUUUCUUUCUUUCUUUCUUUCUUUCUUUUCUUUCUUUCUUCACUGCUUUUCAUUUCUUUUUCUCUAAUCUUUACUUCUUUCUUAGUGAUACUUUCUUUCUUUCUUUCUUUCUUUCUUUCUUUCUUUCUUUCUUUCUUUCUUUCACUCAAUGCAUGUCACUUUUCCUUCCUUUCUUUCUUUCUUUCUUUUUUUGAGGGCUUUACUCAUUGCAUGUCGCUUUUCCUUUCUUUUUUGUUUCUUUGUUUCUUUGUUUCUUUCUUUCAUUCUUUGACAGCUUUACUCAAUGCAUGUCACUUUUCCUUUCUUUCUUUCUUUCUUUCUUUGAGGACAUUACUCAAUGCAUGUCACUUUUUCUUUCUUUCUUUCUUUCUUUCUUUCUUUCUUUCUUUCUUUCUUUCUUUCUUUGAGGGCUUUACUCAAUGCAUGUCGCUUUUCCUUUCUUUCUUUCUUUCUUUUUCGACCUUUAUUUUUCUUUUCUUUUUACUUUCCUUUGCUUUUUUUUACUUUCCUUUAGUUGUCACAUUUUAUUCAUUUUUUCUUCUUCUUCUUUGUUUUCUUCUGCCUAUCUCCGUUUUCUUUUUAUCUUUCUUUUCUUUUCUUUUCUUUCUUCCUUUUUUUCACUACCCUCAGGCGACUCUUCUCUCUCAACGUCCUUCUAUCCGUCUGUGCCUCUACACUCCUUUUUACAACGUCUCUCUAUCCGUCUGUCUGUCUAUAGUUCUCUCUCGACGUCCUUCUAUCUAUCUGUGCCUCUACACUCCUUUUUACAACCUAUCUGUGACUCUACACUCCUUUUUCGACGUCUCUCCAUCCGUCUCUCUGUCUCUAGUGCUCUCUCGACGCCCUUCUAUCCGUCUGUGCCUCUACACACCUUUUUACGACGUCUCUCUAUCCAUCUCUCUGUCUCUAGUUCUCUCUCGACGUCCUUCUUUCCGUCUGUGUCUCCAUACUCCUUUUUACAACGUCUCUCUAUCCGUCUCUCUGUCUCUAGUUCUCUCUCGACGUCCUUCUAUCCGUCUUUGCCUCUACACUCCUUUUUACGACGUCUCUCUAUCCAUCUCUCUGUCUCUAGUUCUCUCUCGACGUCCUUCUUUCCGUCUGUGUCUCCAUACUCCUUUUUACAACGUCUCUCUAUCCGUCUCUCUGUCUCUAUUCUCUCUCGAUGUCCUAUCCGUCUGUGCCUCUAUACACUUUUUCGACGUCUCUCUAUCCGUCUCUCUGUCUGUAGUACUCUCUCGACGUCGUUCUAUCCCUCUGUGCUUCUAUAGUCGUUUUUACAACCUCUCUCUAUCCGUCUCUCUGUCUCUUGUACUCUCUCGACGUCAUUCUAUCCCUCUGUGCUUCUAUACUCCUUUUUACAACGUCUCUCUAUACGUCUCUCUGUUUCUAGUUCUCUCACGACUUCCUAUCCGUCUGUGCCUCUAUACUCCUUUUCGGCGUCUCUCUAUCCGUCUCUCUGUCUCUUGUACUCUCUCGACGUCCUUCUUUCCGUCUGUGUCUCCAUACUCCUUUUUACAACGUCUCUCUAUCCGUCUCUCUCUCUCUAGUUCUCUCUCGACUUCCUAUCCGUCUUGCCUCUAUACUCUUUUUUCGGCGUCUCUCUAUGCGUCUCUCUGUCUCUUGUACUCUCUCGACGUCCUUCUUUCCGACUGUUUCUCUCUCGACGUCCUAUCCGUCUGUGCCUCUAUACUCUUUUUCGACGUCUCUCUAUCCAUCUCUCUGUCUCUAGUUCUCUCUCGACGUCCUUCUUUCCGUCUGUGUCUCCAUACUCCUUUUUACAACGUCUCUCUAUCCGUCUCUCUGUCUCUAGUUCUCUCUCGACUUUCUUCUAGCCAUCUGUGCCUCUACACUUUAUUCGACGUCUCUCUAUCCGUCUCUCUGUCUCUAGUUCUCUCUCGACGUCCUAUCCGUCUGUGCCUCUAUACACUUUUUCGACGUCUCUCUAUCCGUCUCUCUUCGUUUUUACAACGUCUCUCUAUCCGUAUCUCUCUGUCUCUAGUUCUCUCUCGACGUCCUUCUUUCCGUCUUUGCCUCUACACUCCUUUUUACGACGUCUCUCUAUCCAUCUCUCUGUCUCUAGUUCUCUCUCGACGUCCUUCUUUCCGUCUGUGUCUCCAUACUCCUUUUUACAACGUCUCUCUAUCCUUCUCUCUCGACGUCCUAUCCGUCUGUGCCUCUAUACACUUUUUCGACGUCUCUCUAUCCGUCUCUCUGUCUCUAGUACUCUCUCGACGUCAUUCUAUCCCUCUGUGCUUCUAUAGUCGUUUUUACAACGUCUCUCUAUCCGUCUCUCUGUCUCUAGUUCUCUCUCGACUUCCUAUCCGUCUGUGCCUCCAUACUCCUUUUUACAACGUCUCUCUAUCCGUCUCUCUGUCUCUAGUUCUCUCUCGACGUCGUUCUAGCCAUCUGUGCCUCUACACUCCUUUUUCGACGUCACUCUACCAGUCUCUAGUUCUCUCUCGGCGUGCUUCUAUCCGUCUGCGCCUCCAUACUCCUUUUCGACUUCUCUCUAUCCGUCUCUCUGUAUGUAGUUCUCUCUCGACGUCCUUCUCUCUGUCUGUGCCUCUAUACUCCUUUUUCGACGUCUCUCUAUCUGUCUCUCUCUAUAUAGUUCUCUCUCGACGUCUCUCUAUCCGCUCCUUCUAUCGUUCUCUGUUAGUGUCCCUCUUUCUGCCCGUGUCUCUAUUGUUCUUUUCCUACGUCCCUCUAUCCGUCUCUCUGUCUGUAGUUCUCUCUUGGCGUCACUAUAUCUGCUCCUUUCUUUAUCUCUCUAUCCAUCCCUGUGUUCUCUCUCAACGUCUUUGUAUAUUUAUACCAGAAAUACUCUCUUUCUCUUUAUAUCCUUUAUUUCCUAAAUCUUAUUUCUGUUUUUAUCUUCCUUUCUUUGUUUUAUUCUUUCUGUCUCUCUCUAUCUCUUUUCACUUUCUCUGCCUCGUUUUGUUUUUAUUCCUCUGA